AUGAAGGCACAUCAAGGCACACCAGGCAGAGUAGACAUAAAGCCCGUGCGGAAUUCAUGUGACACCUACAUACCACUUAACUACAAUAAAGCUUCUGAAAAUGAUAUUGAUGCAUUGCUAGCCGAAGGAAGGGCCGCGGUAAUUUCCAACCUUGCCGGUACCCCUAGAGGUGACGGUACUGCCCCCGUGUCUCCAUAUGAGAGUAGUGAUGGUUCCCUCCAGAUUCGUGGCGCAGCUUCAGUGCAACAGAGUUAUCGUAAGGGCAUCGAAGACAACUCUGAUAAUAAUCCAGCUUCUGCAGCCACAAUUCGGAACAUUGAACACAACAAGCCUGCUAUACCCUUGCCUGAGAAGCCUCCUGCUCCGCAGCCGCCCUGCACUCCACCGCAAGGAAGCCUACAACAGCAUUCUUCGGGAGAGAUAAAAUUCUCUCCUAUCUAUAACCAAUCAAUGCCACUGAUAUCGCCUAGUGUGAGCUCGGUACAUGGAGGGAAGGAGACUCCGCCCUCUAUUACUCUCCCCGAUGAUCUCCAGUGUCACUGUAUACCCCAACCAGAAUUUCAAAAUCUGGAUCAUCAAACUCAGCAGGAUAUUCAUGUAUGGUUACUGUUCACUGGGUAUUACGAUGAAGAAUAUCGUAUAGAAACAAUUUCACGCCGUCGUGAAAUAGUGGCCGUGCACGAAAAAUUGACAGAACUCAUGAAUGAGGAAUGGCGUAAAAGACGAGUUUUUACUAAUAUACCUAGCUCCAAGCUCUCACAUUCAUUGUUUUCCUACAUGAUCCCCGCAGGAGCUCGAAGUUCUACACCCUCUGACUCCUCGGCAAUGCGUUCUCGAACAGUUGAACCGCCGGUUGAUAGUCCUGCUGAAAGGGCUCCGACACUCUCGGACACGUGCCUCAAGGCUAAAGCUGAAAACACACCCUGUUUACAACCAACCAAUAACCCGGUCCAACCUUCACCACUCAAGCGUAGCAGCAUGUCGGCUCCAGAAAAUAGCGACUGCCAACGGAAGGUUGCACGUUCCAAUGAACAGGCUUCCACUGCGAGUGAAUUUAAGAAACAAGCCGUUUAUAAUUUCAAGGCUCAACAGGGCCAUCUGACCACCAACAAAUUCGGAAUUGUCACUCUAUCCCACAACGAGGACGCCGUAAGAGGGGUGAUAGCUACAGGGGAGAGGGUGCUCGACGAAUGGGGCGACAAGGAGCAUAGUCUUGUAAUUGAUCAUACAGCAUACAUAGCCUACUUUAAAAGUGCGGAUGGAUUCUCUGCACUUCAAUAUGGGGCAUCCUGCAUCAGGAUUGAAGUAGGUCAGGAGUUGUUGCAAAAUGAUUGA